AGAUGAACAUCUGAUCAUGAGAAUCUGAAAUGAAUAAUUUGAUGAUUUGUUCAAUUUGUUUGUUAAUCAUUUUAACGAUGAGAUUUUGUAAUUUAAAUUAAUUUAGUUUUUGUUGGACACAAUUUUGCACCUAACCUUGGGAACCAAUGACAGGUAAAUUUAGGUUAACCGUUUGGGAUCCAAUUCUCAUCACUUCACAAAUUGUCACCAUUCAAGCUUCAUUUUAUUCAUCACUUGCAAUCCUCAUUUGUGCUGUUGAAUCACCGUCAUUAACUUACGUUUUUAGUUAUCAAAUUAGUUUACUCACUUUAUUAGUUUACCUCGUGAAUGCUUCCUGUGGAUCUUUUUAUUUAUGGUCUUUUGUUGGCAGAGCUAAACCAUGUUUAGAUUAUUCAGCAACUUGUUAUGCUAUUCAUCUGAUCAUCUCUUGGAUGUAUAAUGGGACUUUCCCUAACACUUGGUCUUGGUGGAUAUUAAACAUUAUCAGUGCUUCGGUAAUGUGUGUCGGUGGUGAAUAUCUUUGUAUGCAAACAGAAAUCAAAGCAAUUCCUUUACUUCAAUCUGGAGAUGAUGUUUGAACCUCAUUCUCUCUCUAUUUAUAUAAAUUAUUAUAUUAUUUCUUCAUUAAUUCUCAUAUUAUAGAUUUUUAUGUGUACAAAACAAAAAUUUUGAUCUGAUUAUUUUGUGUAUUAUAUAUAUAAAUCCAAUUAUUGUAAA